UGCCCGCCGGGCAGCAUCACCUUGCAAGGAGGGCCGUCGGAGCUGCCCUCGUACUAGCAAGCACGGAGAGGCACCCCGCCACGCGUCCCUCGGAUCACGACCCCUUCGUUUUCCCCCAUGGGCGAUAGAUUCAACGACUACGCUAGGCACCGCGACGCGACCCCCGAUCUCCGCGGGUCCCUCAACACCGACGAAGAGGACAGUCUCAACGAGGACACCAGCCGCCACGGGACCACUACCCCCAACGAGGACCCCAACGCCGACGAACCCAUGGAAAUUGACGACUACGCGGAGACCGAUGCCUCUAAUCCAGGAGGUACGGUGGCGACUAGAGCCGCGGGGUCGGACCCUAUUCGACAGUUGGUGGUUCGAACAAAGGUACAGGAUCCACCGCCGCGCACCCGACGCACGAGUCUUCGUAACUCUCGUCGGGGAAGAAAGGGGAGGGUGUAACGAACCUAAAAGGUUUCGAUACAAUCCGUCCCCCGACCUAUAAUGAGCGCAUCGCAACCACCGAUCAAUACGCGCCAACUCUAGAACGAUGACCAAAGACAUCAGGUCACGCGAACUUUCCCCACUCCAAACCAAGCCAUCGACCGAGUGCGGCCUUCCGGGUUCAUCGACGGAGGAAAGUCGGCGCCGCCAAAAUCUGCGACGAUCACCAAGAACGGCAAAUUGCGCCCCGACGCGGAAGUGCAUUUGUCAAACCCGCCGA